AUGGGAGCAUGGAGGAGCAGUGGGGACGCGAGCUGUAUGUGGACCACGACAGCGGAGUGUAUUGGAGUAGCUGUGAGAGAAGUGUUAGGGGUCUCGAAGGAUUUCACUAGCAGCCACAAAGGUGACUGGUGGUGGAGUAAGGAGGUACAAGAUAAAGUGGAAGCCAAGCAAGCGACACACUUGACGAUUAUAGAGAGCAUAGAUGAGGAGGCGAAGAGGAUGAACUUAGAGGGGUAUAGGAGGGCUAAGAAGGAGGCGAAGUUAGUGGUUAUUGCGGCUAAGACUGAGGCAUUUGGGCAUUUGUAUGAAGAGCUUGAGGCCAAAGGCGAUGACAAGAAGCUAUACAGGCUAGCCAAGGGUGAUAGGGACAUUGUGUUGGGCGACUUGCACUCCGAGAUGCGCCGGAAUUUUGGGUAUUGUAGGCGCAUAAUAAUAGAGGAGGUCAAGGGGGCUAUGCGUAAGAUGCACAGGGAUAGAGUUACCAUGCCAGAUGAAAUACCUGUGGAAUUUUGGAAGAAUGCGGGUAGGGCAGGUUUGGAAUGGCUCACUAGACCAUUUAAUGUUAUUUUUAGGACGAAAAAGAUGUCCGAUGAAUGGAGGUAG